AUGCGUGAACACACAGGAGACGACCCUGUCGCUCUUGGCACAGCGCUCAUCUUCGCCGAUGCCGUCUAUCUCUCGGAAGCGCUCAAUCUCCCCGUGAACCAAAAUGAAGACGACGUGGACGCCGAGCUGGCCUUGCUUGCUCGCGAAUCGGGCAUCCAGGACCCUUAUCGAUUUCUAUGCCCAGUGCAAGACAUCUCUAGAGCGCUGUCUACCCUGACUGUGGACAGCGAUCAUCGAAGCUCCAUGUCGAUCCAUUCCCAGGAAACCCAGUCGACAAGCUUCACAUCUGCACCCUCACGAACGUCCAGAGACCAAAUUUACUCGCCUGACCGUUCACCAGCACAGAGGGUGCCUCCAAAGCUCGCGCGCACUUCUCUGUCUGUUGACAAGUAUGAUCAGGCCAUGGAAGGGCAGGUGCCAGGCAGCCAGCAGAGGCAUUCCACUUCGACCCUGUCUGUUGCACCGUCCACCCUCUCCAGUGCUUCUUCACUACAGAGUCGCGCGCCACGGAGGAAGCGCGGCUCAGGUCUAUUUGCCAUGUUUAGAAAAGAUUCCAGCUCCUGCACUUCACGGUCCCACCAUGGACACCACAGCAAGUCUCGAGGCGACAAGCUUGAAUGCGGCCACUCGCUUUCUGCGCUUGCUAUUCGCAUACAUGUUCAGGAAGCGCUGCAGAGUGCGGCACGCACAGUACCGAAUUGCUGUGGGAAGGCACUACCACGCACAGUACUGGAGGAAGUCUUGACAAAGGCAGAAACGGAUCUCGUUUUGACUGGCGAAAUGCAGUCGCCUGAUGUUGGCUCUCCGCGCGACUCUGGCUAUUGCGAAGAUGGCAUGUCGUCGGUCGAUCUCCCCCGCCCGUUGGGAGACACCUCAACCACCCCGGUGACACCAAACACACCUGUCCAGCGUAGCAGGCACGAAGCAAUCAACAUCGAUUCCGCGCUGGCGAAUGAGGCGUUCAAGAGCUUCAAAGUCCAACAGAAGGAGCAGUUCGACCGGGUGGCAGCCUUCGAGUGUAAUCAGCGAAAAGCGCUCUCAGCACACUAUCAAUGCUCGCUUAAAUGGCUCACACUCCAACACGAAACUAGCAAGGGUGACAGAAUGGAACAGCAUGCUACAGACCUCGAACACCUGGAGGAACUGCAGAUCAUUGCCGAACACGACCUCCGCAAGGCACAGAGCCAGGAGACGCAGAAUGUAGCUACGGCGUUGAAGCACAUGGAAGCUUAUUGCCUAGGUACAAAUGCAAAUCACCCAGAGCAUGCGCACGCCGUAAGUGAGGAAGACUUCAGAAAACUUGACCGGCAAAGAACGAUACAGCAAAAUCUACCGAGGAAACAUGAGAAUGCGAUUAAUGUGUUGAGGGCCAGGCAAGAAAGGGAAACGAAACGCAGAUUACGGAAACAGGAGGAAGAGUUCGACCAAAUGGACGAAACCCAUGAGAAAGAAAAGGCUAAAUGCGAAGCCGAGUACACCAAAGAAGCUGGAAAACUGGAGGGCAUCAUUGAAGUUCGGAGACGGAGGUUGUUGCAGAGAUGGGAUCUCCGAUUCGAAAUGUGGCGGCGAGACUGGGAAGAACAGCACAGCACCACUCUGCAAACGAAACUCGAGCAUGAGAGUUGGCCACUCCAGAAGACGGAGACAGUUACCCCCAUCUCCGAGUCGAGCUCGCUAGCUCAGUACGUCAAGGCCGCAGCAUAA